UAUGUGAACGGUAAAUAGAAAAACAAGUAACAAGUAAAUUAAAAAUGGUUAAAGGUCGAAAAUAUGUCGUGAAGAAAUAUUUUGAAGGCAUGCCGAAGCGAGACGAUUUUGAAAUUGUAGAAUACGAGCUUCCGUCGCUUCAAAAUGGAGAAAUACUCGUCAAAACAGAAUGGGUGAGUAUUGAACCCUAUCAAAGAGCAUAUAAUAGAAAGUUUCCAAUUCCAUUUAAACAAUUUAGUUUUCAAGUUGGGAUGGUUCAAGACUCCAAAGAUUCUCAAUUUCCGAUAGGAUCAAGAGUAAUAUCAGAUGAAGGUUGGUGUGACUAUAGUGUAAUAAAAACAGGCGAUUGUGAUAGUAAAUUUGGUGUUCAAGUUAGCCUUUUACCUGAUUUAAAGGGACUCCCACCUUCAUUUGCAUUUGGGGCAGUAGGUUACCUGGGGGCCACAGCGUAUUUCGGUCUUCUCGAAAUAUGUAAGCCCAAAUUCGGUGAAACAAUUGUUGUGACGGGGGCAGCGGGAGCCGUUGGAUCGCUAGUGGGACAAAUUGCAAAACUAAAGGGCUGCCGAGUUAUUGGUUUUGCAGGUACCGAUGAAAAAAUUGAAUGGUUGGAGAAAGAGUUAGGAUUUGACGUAGCAUUGAAUUAUAAAAAGGUCGAUAUUCGCAAAGAACUUCGUCAAGCUGCACCAAAUGGUGUGGACUGCUUCUUCGAUAACGUUGGAGGAGAAAUUAGUAGUAUUAUUAUGAAUCAAAUGAAUGAAUUCGGAAGAGUCUGUGUUUGUGGAAGCAUUAGUGUAUACAAUGAAGAUUAUACAAAUCUACCAAAAGCCACAAUGACACAGUUUGAUAUAGUGAUGAAGCAAUUAAAAGUUGAAGGAAUUUUAGUAUCACGAUGGAAAAGCCGAAUGAAUGAAGCUUAUACUGAUAUUAUUCAGUGGAUUAAAUCGGAAGACAUUAAGGUCCGUGAACACGUAACAGAAGGGUUUGAUAAUAUUUACGAUGCUUUUGUUGGAAUGUUGAUAGGGGAAAACAUUGGUAAAUCUGUGGUAAAAAUAUAAAUCGCUAUAAUUCAUGCAGAUUUAUUUAUAUU